AUGAAGCGCCACCGCAGCACCCACUUCCUCUUCAACUCCUCCUCUUCGCCGCCGGCCGCCACGUGGGAAGAGAGAGCCUUCGCCGAGGACGCCGGAGGCUGCGUUUGGCCACCGAGGUCCUACUCGUGCAGCUUCUGCCGCCGCGAGUUCCGCUCCGCUCAGGCCCUCGGCGGACACAUGAACGUCCACCGCCGCGACCGCGCCCGUCUCAAGCAACAACAGUCCUCCCACGAAGACGACGACGACGACGAACAACAUCCUCCUGUCGCCGCCGGCCACAUUGCAACUACUACUACGGCGACGAACUCCUCCCCUAGGGUUUCAUCUUCUUCCACCACCACCACCACCACGGCGGAACAUUCUUCGUCCGGUGCCGACGUUAUGAACAAGAGGAAGACAGCUAGUGGCAAUGAUGACGAUUGCUGUUGGCUGGAUCUUGGGCUCAUGGUUAGAAUUGUGGAAAGUGGUCGUCAUUUCUAUAACGAUUUGGAGGGUAAGGUUUUGGCCGGCGGGAGGAGGAGGAGGAAGACGGGGACCACCACCACUAGUACUCGUUAUCCGCCGGCGGCGGCGGCGGUGACAUUGUCGCUGUCCAUGGGGGCGUCGGCGGCUGUGGGGAUGGGGAUUAGGGAUUUGGAUCUUGAGCUUAGGCUUUGA